AUGGCGUCCAGGCCCGGCACCGAGAGGAAGGCGACGGCGUCGUCCGCGGCACCGGCGGUCUCUGCUGUGUCCCGGCGCCAUCAUGAGGUCGCCGUCAUGGGUGGAGGGGCCAGCGGGAGCUCGCUGCCGGGCCAACCAUAUGCCCCUCAGCUGUUUCCUUCUUCACAGGAAGAUGAAGCAGGCAGUUCCGACCUGGUGUUGUCGGACUUCCAAGGACACACUCGAUGGACGACCAAGAACAACAUCACCAGCUCGGGAGUUGCUGUGGUGCUUCACGACAUGGGGAACUUGGUCCUCCGGCUUCCAAACGGCACAAUCAUAUGGCAGAGUUUUGAUCACCCCACAAACACCAUCCUCCCAGAUGUUUUGACGAAUGCGCCAUGGAGUGCAGCAGCAAUUGCUCGUGUACAGCCUACACCUAUACCAACUGGAGUAGUAAUGGUUCUAUGGCCGACCAGUCAAGAUGCUUGCUUUGGACAGCGGAGCUUGUCGAUAUGGGGAAUUAUAGCAGCAAUGGCGAGAACCAGUACCUCCGGCUCGCCAACUCUCCCGCUUGUGAGUGUUAACAAGAAGUUUUUAUCUUCAGCAAGAAAAUGGCAGAAGAAGGAAAUCCACAAGGAAUCAAUGCUAGGAUACCUUAACCCAUCCAAUGAAAUUGGUGGUGAACACAUGGAAUUUCCAAUUGUUAGCUUUCACGAUAUUGCCACUGCAACGGAUAAUUUAUCUACCUUAACAAAUCAGAAGUGGAGAGUUUGGGGUGAAAUGGGCAACGAAUUGAGUGGGUGGAGGAGAAGAAGAGGUGGAGGCGCCACUGCUAGGUGUUCUGUUCCUGUGUUGUUUGAAAUUAAGACGAACCCAUGUGCCUGGGCUUGGUUAAGGAAAAUGGGGAUGGGCCUUAGUGGAAAAAACUGGACCAAGGAGAAUAUAGAAAGUCGUUACAUGUCGCCUAAAUAUGUUAUGGGAGGUGUAUUUUCUGUAAAAUUGGACACCUAUAGCUACGGUGUUAUACUCUUGGAGAUUGCAAGUGGCUUAAAGAUCACCUCACCGCAACUUGUAAAGAACUAUAUCGGCCUUACAGCUUAUGCGUCGAAACUAUGGGAAGAUGACCGUCUGGGUGAUAGGCCACUCAUGUCAUCGGUUACUUUUACGUUAGAGAAUGAAAGUGCAUUGCUCCCAGCACCAAGGCACAACUUGCAUACUCUGCUCUAUGGAAUUUCAAAACUGAAGAAUGAAGGGUAAACGUGGAAAACUCGGUGAAUGCGGUGAGUAUCACAACACUAGAGGGGU